UCUCAAUGUGAAUAAAGAUUCAGCUGUCAGCUGUCAUGCAGUAGGGAAAUUUAUCGGAAUUCCAGUGUGAGUAUUUGUACAAAAAAGUCAAGAAACCCGGCUGCGAAAUCCCAUAUAUACUUCUGUAUUUCCUGAUAACUGCCAAAGAAGAAUCAGCGAUGACUAUUGUUUUCUCCUCUCUUUAUUAUCUCUGUCUUAUUUUCUCUCUUCUUCCGGCUUUCGUUACACCGACCUUGUUAUUUCAGGGAUUCAAUUGGGAGUCAAGUAAUAAGCAAGGAGGAUGGUACAACUCGCUCAUCAAUCUUGUACCAGACCUGGCUAAUGCUGGGGUCACCCAUGUUUGGCUACCCCCAGUCUCCCACUCAGUUGCACCCCAAGGCUAUAUGCCCGGAAGAUUGUAUGAUCUUGACGCAUCCAAAUAUGGAAAUGAACAGCAACUGAAGUCAUUAAUUAAGGCUUUCCAUGACAAGGGUAUCAAAUGCGUUGCUGAUAUAGUAAUAAACCACAGAUGUGCUGAUAAACAAGACGGCAGAGGUAUAUAUUGCAUUUUUGAGGGAGGGACUUCUGAUGAUCGCCUCGACUGGGGCCCGUCACUCAUUUGCAAAGACGACACUCAGUAUUCAGAUGGCACCGGGAAUCCUGAUACUGGAGAUGACUUUAAACCUGCUCCAGACAUAGACCAUCUUAAUCCAAGGGUACAAAAGGAGUUAUCAGACUGGAUGAACUGGCUCAAGACUGAGAUUGGAUUUGAUGGUUGGCGAUUCGACUUUGUCAAGGGAUAUUCCCCGGAUAUCACCAAAAUCUAUAUGGGAAACACUUCACCGGAUUUUGCAGUUGGGGAACUCUGGAAUUCACUUUCCUAUGGGCAGGAUGGGAAGCCAGAUUACAAUCAGGACAGGCAUCGGAAUGAACUCGUGCAGUGGAUUCAGAAUGCGGGAGGCAGUGUCACAGCUUUCGAUUUCACAACAAAGGGAAUUCUUCAAGCUGCAGUGCAGGGAGAACUAUGGAGAUUGAAGGAUUCUAAAGAAAAACCUCCUGGAAUGAUAGGGAUUUUGCCACAGAAUGCUGUUACGUUUAUUGACAACCAUGAUACUGGAUCUACACAGAAAAUUUGGCCAUUCCCAGCAGAGAAAGUCAGUCUAGGAUAUGCUUACAUCCUCACUCAUCCAGGGAUUCCAUCAGUGUUUUAUGAUCAUUUCUUUGAUUGGGGAAAGAAGGAAGAAAUCUCUAAACUGUCAUUGAUUAGGUCAAGGAAUGGCAUCUCACCAACUAGCAAAGUGCGGAUUAUGGCUUCUGAUUCUGAUCUUUAUGUGGCAAUGAUUGAUGAUAAAAUCAUUGUCAAAAUAGGCCCAAAAAUGGAUCUUGGAAAUUUAAUUCCACCAAACUACAAGGUUGCAACCUCUGGAACAGACUAUGCUGUUUGGGAGAAAAAUAUGUAAAUCAAAUAUAUUUAACAUCGCAAAGCUAAAUUAUGUAAAAUUAAGAUGUUGCCUGGAUAAGAGGAGGAAGUAUGAACCUAUACCUCAUUUAAUGGCUGGUAUUUUACUGUUACAACCAUUUAGUGAAGAGUGGCAUGAGAACAAACAAAUAGACUCGUGAUGUGUACCUAAUAUGAAAUCUCAGUUCAUGUAA